UUGGGAAAUUCAAACUACAUUGUUUUGUGACGACCUAUUCCAAAAAAAAGAAAAUUUUGAAUAAGUUUUGUGGAAAAUUAAUUAAGAAAUUUUGAGUGAUUUGUUGUUUCCAUCAUGUUACGGAAUCAGAAGGAGCUGGAUAACGUGAAUAACAUGGCUGCCACUCCAAGUCCGGGGCAGUUGUCGUCCCUGCAAAUUCAGCAAAUGAUGGCGGACGCGAAACGGAUGAUAAAUGUUCGAAAGCAAGCUUUGGAAGCGACCGGGAUAACUCUACCGCCGUCGAUGUCAUCCAUGGCGUCGUCGGCUUCUAUGCCCCCGCCUGGGGUUAUCGUUCCGCCACCCAUUGCUAGAAAUAUGCCGUCGAUGAUGAUGAUGGAAAAUAAUAAUGAUGUAGUUUCCUUUGAUGAUAAGAAGCGGAAAAUAGCAGAGCUUCAGGCACAAAUAGCUUCGAAACUAGCGUCUGGCGGAUUUAAACCGGAUGAAGAGCCGACGAAACCUAUCCCACUUUUGCUAGAUAAUGAAGGUCGGGCGAUUGACGUGUCGGGAAAGCAGCUUCUAUUUCCUACCAGGCAGCCGACGUUGAAAGCCAAUAUCCGAGCACAGAAAAGGCCGGCGACAGAUUCUAGACCCAUGGGGAAGGAUGGCACCAGAAGUGUGGUUCCUGAAGAGGAGGAUUUUAUGCCGCCAGCUGGAAACAAAUACUUUGAUGACCGACUUCCCCCCGCCUCCGUGAUCAAGAAGGGUCUCGAACGAAAGAAAAAGUCACUCCGCUUCAACGAUCCUGGAAAAUACGUAGCAAUCGCCCAAAAACAGAGGACAGAGGCUCGACUGAACAACUUAAAAUCAGAAAUUGCCGACAAAGCUAGAAAAACGGGGAUUGCGAAUGCGGCCCGAAUGGCAAAAUUGUCCGGGACUGCAGGAUCUUCGGACAAAUCAGCGGAAUAUAUUCCUCAAGUAGAAUGGUGGGACACGCUAAUUUUGGAAGAGGAUAAAAAGAUCAAGGACCUCGUCACUUACGACUCUCCCAUCAAACAGGACGCUAUUACGAGUCUGAUUGAGCAUCCGACCCAGAUGCGAUGUCCCACCGAGCCCAAUGAGCCCCACUGCACUCCAGUCUUCCUCACAAAAAAAGAGCAGAAAAAACUGAGGAGGCAGAACCGUAGGGAAACUUGGAAAGAGAAGCAAGAAAAAAUUAGACUUGGUCUCGAGCCACCACCUCCAGCAAAAGUGCGAAUUUCCAAUUUGAUGCGAGUCCUUGGCACGGAGGCGGUCCAAGAUCCUACCAAAGUUGAAGCUCACGUCCGGCAGCAAAUGGCAAAACGAUUGAAAACACAUCAGGACACGAACGCAGCGAGAAAACUGACCCCGGAGCAGAAAAAGGCCAAGAAAAUCAAAAAGAUGCAGGAGGACGUGACUCUCGGCGUGUCUGUGUCUGUUUAUAGGAUCGAUUGUUUAGGAAAUCAGGCCAAGAGAUUUAAAGUUGAGACGGUUGCACACCAGCUUCAUAUGACGGGUGUGGUCGUAAUGUAUCGAGAAUGCAACAUUGUGGUGGUCGAGGGAGGUCCGAAGCAGCAGGCCAAGUACCGCCGCCUUCUCAUGUCGCGUGUCAAGUGGGACGAGGACAUGGUGAAAGACAAGGAGGACACACCGAACAAGUGCAUCCUCGUGUGGGAGGGGAUGGUGAAGGAACGGGCAUUCCCUGACUUUAAAUACAAACCCAUGAAGACGGAGGAAAUGGUUCGCGAGUUCUUUAAAAAGUAUAGUGUCCAACAUUACUGGGACGCAGCGCUAAGCGGAACAGUGCUAGAAGCGGUGAUAGCGGACGACUAAAUUUAAUUGUAAAUAGGAUAACAAUUAUGUAAGUUAUGUUCCCCCAGUUUCUUAUGUGAUUAAUAAAUACCAUCAUAAUUUAAUAAAUGCAUCAUCUCCUCCACAUUACAUAGUUCGAAUUAUUGUCAAUAUUGUGAAUUUUUAGACUUGUUCUUUAUUAUGUGAGAGUCACUAUGAUGUGUGCAUGUAUGUGAAAUUAAUGAAUUGCCUUGACCGACUGCGAAAAGAAAAUAAGAUUUGAUUUUUACGAAGAAA